UCAGUGUCAGGCCAGAUAAGACAAGGCUGUCAGCUGUUACAUUGGCUUCUUCAGCCUAUGUCUUCAACGUUACCUCCUUCAUCCUUCUCACUUGGGGAAUUCUGCAACGAAGGACUUCGUAGUGGUUUCCCCACCCUCUACUGGUCCACUGGUCCUCGACACUCCAGUUUACCCCUCUCUAACGUGGCGUGAACAUUGAGGGGUGAACUUUCGCCAUGACUUGUAUCCUAGUCUUCGUCUCAUGCUUCUUCGCAGUGUGUCUGGUUUCAGAAGCUCAACACCAACCAGGAUAUUGUGCCUUUUAUGAAGAAUGUGGGCGUAACCCAUCAGUGGGCGAUAGCCUCAUCACGCCAAUAGUUCCAUGUUUAAACUACAGCCCAGCAAGGGUUUUACAAGGGGAGCACUACAACAGACUCAAACAGGUUUGUCCGAUGCUGGACCAAGGUGUAGGCACGACCUACGCCUGCUGCUCGCUAAAUCAGCUGAAGUCUCUGGAGAACAGCCUGACGCUCUCCAAGGCUGUCCUCAACCGUUGCCCCUCCUGUGCAGAGAACUUUGCCACCCUACACUGCAUCAACACAUGCAGCCCUAACCAGACCCAGACAGUCAAUGUCACACGCACCGCAUUCAUCAACUCUACUCUGGGACAGAGGAAAGAGGCUGUGGUGGCCUAUCAGGCCUAUAUUUCCACAACCUUCGCAGAUGCAGCUUUCAAGUCCUGCAGGAAUGUGCGCAUCCCGGCUACUGGAGGCUUUGCCAUCGCCACCAUGUGUGGCCGCUAUGGUGCCACCCUCUGCACUCCUCAACGCUGGUAUGACUUCCAGGGUGACUCCAGCAAUGGCCUGGCACCUCUUGACAUUGACUUUCGCCUCAUCCCCCCGGGUGCGUCUGUUCCUCCAGGCAUCGUGCCUUUUGCUGGAAAAGCACUGGGAUGCAAUGAAUCUUCAGGCACUGGUGGAGAGCCGUGUUCCUGCCAGGACUGUGUAGAAUCUUGCCCUAUUGUCCCUCCCCCAGGUCCCCUCCCUCAGCCCUUCAAGAUAGGGCACCUGGAUGGUGUGCUGGUGGUGUGUCUGGCCUGCUUCUUUGCACUUUCUCUCUUCUUUUUUGGCUUUCUGAUGGUGAGGUGCUUCCUUCAUAGGUACAUAAUUACUUCUGAGAAAAGCAAAGACAAAAAUGGCAAUGUUUUGGGUCAGGUACCCAUAAAUCCUAAGGAUGUGUCUUGUACAGACAGGAACAGUCUUGCGACCCAAGAGUUCCUAGGGACCCUGUUCCAGAGAUGGGGUACCCUGAUGGCCUCAUAUCCAUUCAGAGUAUUGCUGGUCUCAGUAGUAUUGGUGGUGGUCUUUUCCCUGGGUCUGAUGUAUAUUAAACUGACCACUGACCCUGUGGAGCUUUGGUCUGCCCCUCACAGCAGGGCCCGGAAAGAAAAAGACUUCCACGACAAAUACUUUGAUCCAUUCUACCGCACAAACCAACUGAUUCUCACGGCACCAAAUUAUCCAGGCUACACCUAUGACUCCCUGCUCUUUGGCCAACAUAACUUCAGUGGCAUUAUCUCGAAAGACCUGAUCUUGCAACUUCUGGAACUGCAAACCAGGAUCCAGGCAAUUGAGUUCUGGUCUGAUGACCUAAACCAGACUGCCAGUCUGAAGGACAUCUGCUUUGCACCCUUGAACCCCAACAACCCAUCACCGAGUGACUGUGCAGUCAACAGCCUGCCGCAGUACUUCCAAAACAAAAUACAGAACAUAAAUGCCAAAGUCAACAUGACAGAACUGGGCGUAACCAAAGAAGUGGACUGGAGAGACCACUUCAUCUACUGUGUAAACUCUCCACUGUCCUUCAAAGACAUCACAGACCUGGGGCUGAGCUGCAUGGCAGACUACGGCGGUCCUGUCUUCCCGUUCCUGGCAGUGGGAGGUUAUGAGAAUGAGGAAUACACUGCAGCAGAAGCUCUGAUAUUGACCUUCUCCCUGAACAACUAUGCCCGGGACAAUGUAAAGUUCAAACUGGUGCAGAAGUGGGAACAAAUGUUUUUGGAUAUUGUGCAAGAAUACCAAAGAAAUUCAUCCACAAACUUCACAUUUGCAUUCAUGGCAGAGAGGUCGCUUGAGGAUGAAAUCAACCGGACCACGGUGGAGGACAUUCCCAUUUUCAUGAUCAGCUAUGCUGUCAUCUUCCUCUACAUCGCCGUGGCACUUGGAGAAUAUUCCUCGUUUAAACGUGUACUGGUGGACUCUAAAAUUCUAGUGGGUCUCGGUGGGAUCCUGGUGGUCGGAUGCUCGGUCUUGGCGUCCAUGGGAUUUUAUGCCUGGAUCGGCAUCCCCUCGUCACUGGUCAUCCUGCAGGUGGUGCCCUUCCUAGUGUUGGCGGUUGGAGCUGAUAAUAUCUUCAUCUUCGUCUUGGAGUACCAGAGAGAUGAGCGUAGGCCUGGGGAGAGACGGGAGGAGCAGAUCGGCAGAGUCCUGGGCCGGGUCGCCCCUAGCAUGCUGCUUUGCAGCCUCUCAGAGUCUAUUUGCUUCUUCCUGGGGGCUCUCAGCAGCAUGCCAGCCGUCAGGUCGUUCGCCUUGUACGCCGCCCUGGCUGUGCUGAUGGACUUCCUGCUGCAGAUGACGGCCUUCGUAGCCCUGCUGUCGCUGGACGCACGCAGGCAAGACCAGAACCGCUGCGAAGUGGCCUACUGUGUGACGGUGUCCACCCCCCGGCCUUCCAAACGCAAACAGGGCUUGCUGCUUUCCACCAUGGAGCGCUUCUAUGCCCCUGUCUUGCUGCAUCCUGUGACUAGGAUCAUUGUGAUUGUGGUGUUCAUCUUCAUGUUCUGUGGCUCAGUUUUCCUGAUGUUCCAUGUCAAAGUGGGUCUCGAUCAAGAGCUGGCUUUGCCCAUGGACUCAUACAUGUUAGAGUACUUCAAGUACUUAUACAAGUACUUCGAGGUGGGUGUUCCCACGUACUUCGUGACAACACGGGGCUUCAACUUCAGUAUGGUACAGGGUAUGGAUGCUGUGUGUUCCAGUGUGGGCUGCGACCCUUUCUCCCUCACUCAGAAAAUCCAGCAUGCCACCGAGUAUCCCGAGCGGUCUUAUCUGGCGAUUCCAGCUUCCUCCUGGGUGGAUGAUUUUAUUGAUUGGCUCAAUCCUGGAUCUAAAUGCUGCCGGCUGUACACCCUGGGCCCCAAUGCAGGGAGUUUUUGCCCUGCCAGCCAGUCUGGAUUCAUAUGCGGAAAGAAGUGCAUGGGUCCUCCCCCCAAUGGUGUUCUGAGGCCUUCAGUUGAACAGUUUAAUCGGUACCUUCCCAGCUUCCUGACCAAUCGGCCAGACCUGCAGUGUCCCAAAGGUGGCCUGGGAGCCUACGACAAAGCUGUAGUGAAAGACGAGAAUGACGAAAUAAUAGCUUCCCGGUUCAUGGCAUACCACACACCGCUGACCACCUCCCAGGAGUUCACCGAUGCUCUGAAGAUAGCACGGGAGCUAGCCGCCAACAUCACGCUUGGCAUGCGGGCCUUGCCUGGCACCUCACCGGACUUCGAGGUCUUCCCUUACACGGUGACAUAUGUCUUCUAUGAACAAUACCUGAGCAUUGUUCCUGAGGGCCUCUUCAACAUCUCCAUGUGUCUGCUGCCCACAUUCGUGGUGUGCUGCAUCCUGCUGGGCAUGGACAUUCGUUCAGGCCUGCUCAACCUGCUCACCAUCAUCAUGAUCACCGUGGAUACCGUGGGUGUGAUGACAUUGUGGGGCAUCGACUACAAUGCUGUGUCCCUCAUCAACCUCGUCACGGCCGUGGGAAUCUCAGUGGAGUUCGUGUCCCAUCUGACACGCUCCUUUGCCCUCAGCACCCAGCCCACGCGUGUGGAGAGAGCUAAGGAUGCCACGGCCAACAUGGGCAGCGCGGUAUUCGCGGGUGUGGCCAUGACAAACUUGCCGGGGAUUGUGGUGCUGGCGUUCGCCAAGGCCCAGCUAAUACAGAUCUUCUUCUUCCGGCUGAACCUGGUCAUCACGCUCCUGGGGCUGGUGCACGGCCUUGUUUUCCUGCCUGUGCUGCUCAGUUUCUUUGGACCUGAGCGGAACAAAGCCUUAUUGCUGGAUCAGCAGAAGAAAGCAGCUGAAGCGUCAUCAUUCAACGCAAACAUACACAUUUAUGAAAACAUGUACAGCAACAUGGGAUUUGUGAACUCUGAGAAGAGCCAAACAGGCUUUCCACCCCGGUAUGAGGACCAAGCUGAUGCAAUGAAAAAUGACCCUGGACCAAGCAAGGGGGUGGAGUUAAGCAGCGGCUUCUAAACAGUGCUAGGGCACUCAUUCACUUUUUUUCCCCAAGGAGAAAUACCUCUACAACUGCAGUUUACCGUCUGGAAUGGUUUUCAUAAAUCUCACUGUGCAACGUCAAUGCAAUUUUGCUGGGCAUACUUUGCUAGCACUAGAGCGAGAGGGCUGAAAUGAUGAUAGCCAACAGCACUGCUAAUCUAUAACUUAAUUGUAAAAUAAUCCAGGUUUUUUGUUGAAAAGAAAGGAAAAUGAAAGUGAAAAUAAGGAGGACAGGUGGUUGUGGUCAUACAAUUGCAACGGGAGAGUCUUCAGGAUGGAGUGCCUUACCCUUUCAGACCGUAUCAGAUUUUGAAAUAUGUGUUUUAUAUCAGUUGGUACUUUUGCAAUUUUUUUUUUAUUUGUUGAGAUGUAACACAGUAGUAAAUUUAUAUGUCUCAUUCAGGGGGCGAACACUCCAGUAAAAUUUAUGAAACUUCAAACUACCACAUGUAAACAGUGACGAUGUAAAUAGUCUUCAAAUAUAUAAGGUAACUGAUUUAUAUAAAAAAAAAUAACUAUACUAUCAUAUUAAAAUUAUAUUAUUUUUUAUA